GUUGAAGAGCCGGAGGAGGAAGAAGAGGAAGCUCAGUCGGACACUUUACGGACCCCCUGUGUUCACAAGGAGACUUCCGAAGACACUGAAACCAGCCACGAUCACCAGGAUCCUGGAAGUCAGUUGGAGGACGAUGAAGAAGAGUUAGAAGCUGAGGACGAGAUGGAUGAAGAUGUGGAACAGGAGGAGGGAGAAGAUUCUGAAGAAGAAGACUUUGCCGAGGAGGAGGAGGAAGAAGAAGAGGAUAUCGAUGCUUAUGAUGCAGACUGGGCUUCACAAGACGAUGAUACGAAUUUAGUGUACCCUGGAAGCCGUAAGCUGUUGCAGGCGACUGCGAAAAAGGCCGUGAACGUAGCCAAACCUGGCAAACCAGCCACACCUGGCAAAUCAGCAACUACUGACAAACCAGCAACGCCUGGCAAACCAGCAACACCUGGCAAACCAGCAGCAACUAGCAAACCAAAAACACCUGGCAAAUCAGCAACAACUGACAAACCAGCAACGCCUGGCAAACCAGCACCACCAAAACCAGUGGUUAAGAAGCCCAAGAAGGCAGCAGAAGGGCGUGUCAUCGCAGAUUACUUGAAGGACGACGAUGGAGACGGGAUCCCCAACUUCCAGGAUCUGGACAGCAAACUGUACAGUAAGCCUGCCUCCAAGCCCGGUAGUCCUAAGCCCCAGCCCAGCAAACAAGUCCCGAAACCUCAGACCUGUCAGGGCAAAGGGCCAGACGCGUGCAAACAGGAUGCCCCGAAGAAAAGUUCACCAGUGAAGGCUACUGUCACUAAACCAGUAUUGAAGGCUACUGUCAAUAAACCAGUGCUGAAGGCUAAAGUCGCCCCACCGAAGUCAAAUGUUAAAUUAAUGCCAAAUCCCAAAGACAGCGAUGGGGACGGUAUCCCAGACUACCUUGAGGACGCAGAUGGUGAUGGCAUUCCAAACUACCUGGAUGACGACAGUCCCAGCUUUUCCAAACGCUUCAGUUACUAUAUGAAACUGGUGAAACUGCUGGACGAGGACGGUGACGACAUUCCGGACUUGUUGGAGGAGGAUGAAGAUGACGACGGCGUUGCAGACUACCUUCGUGAUAAGGAUAAGGAUGGAAUACGCGACUACUAUGAGGACGAUGACGGAGAUGGUGUUCCAAAUAUGUUGGAUAGAGAUAGUUCACUAUUUCUUUUGAAAAAGGUGAUCAAGUGGAAAAUGCCUAAGGAUAUGGAUCGAGAUCGUGAUGGAGUGCCGGACUUUUUACAGGGAGACAAGGACAAUGACGGUAUACCGGACUAUCUGGAAGAUGACGAUGGUGAUGGUGUGCCCGACUUUCUCGAGGAUGAUGACGAAGACGGUGUUCCCAACUUUCUUGAGGACAACGAUAACGAUGGGAUACCCAACUACCUGGACAAGACGCCCAACAAAGUAGUCAAGAAACCCGUUAAACUUCGUACUCAUGCUAGGAAGCUCGCAGUCGCGGAUAGUGACAAUGAUGGCAUUUCCGAUAUGAUGGAAGACGAUGACAAUGAUGGAAUACCCAACUUUCUUGAAGACUCGGAUGGCGAUGGAAUCCCUAAUUAUAUGGACAAGGACAGUGCCCUUUAUAUAAAGAGGAAGGGAAAACCUUUGUCCUUCAAAGAUAGCGAUGGAAACGGCAUCCCAGACGGGUGUGAAGGCGACAGUGACAAGGAUGGAAUACCAGACUACCUUGAAGACUCUGACAGUGACGGAAUACCUGAUUGCAUCGAUGAUGAGCCUCAGCCAGUAGAAAAAGACAAACCUCGCAAAAUUGCACGAUUUGUUGACAGUGAUGGUGAUGGGAUCAUGGACCAUCUAGAGGACGAAAAUGGUAAUGGCAUUCCAGAUGCUUUAGAAGGUGAUGCUAAUGGUGACGGAAUACCCGACUACCUUGAAGACGCGGAUGGUGACGGAAUAAAAGAUUACCUGGAAGACUCUGACAACGAUGGUAUCCCGGAUUACCUGGACGAAGAUGCCAGUAUAUUUACCAUCACGCAUUUUCAGCAGACAAAACUAUCCUCAAAAAUUGACAAAGAUGGCGAUGGCAUACCUGAUGCAUUGGAAGAGGACAAUGACGGUGACGGAAUCCCAGACUAUUUGGAAGACGAAGAUGGUGAUGGUAUUCCUGACUACCUUGAAGAUCAAGACGGGGACGGAAUCCCUAAUUAUUUGGAUGCAGAUGAGGAAAAACCAGGUGGCGGAGGACCCACGUUGUCGGCAGAGGAUGAAGAUGACGAUAAGGACACAACCGAUAAGAUCUUCGAACAGGACAGUAACAAUAAUGGAAUACCCGACUACCUAGAAGACUGGGAUGAGGAUGGCGUGCCGAAUUAUCUUGAGGAUGCAGAUAAUGAUGGAAUCCCAGAUUUCAUGGAUAAGACAGACAACAGAAAAAUUAAAAGACGUUUCAAUUUUAACCUCGCAGAUCAAGAUGGCGAUGGCAUCCCGGAUGCCCUUGAGCAAGAUUCAGAUGGAGACGGAACCCCGGACUACUUACAGGAUUCAGACGAUGAAUUGGAAGGUGACUCCGACGGUGAUGGCAUUCCUGAUUACCAGGAAGACGAGGACGGAGACGGCGUUCCUGAUUAUCUAGAUGAGGAUGCUGAUGGCAAUGGAAUUCCUGAUUAUUUAGAAGGAGACUCGGAUGGCGACGGCAUUCCUGAUUAUGAAGAAGACGCUGAUGGCGACGGCAUUCCGGACUACUUGGAUGAAGAUGCUGAUGGGGAUGGAAUUCCCGACCACUUGGAGGGUGAUUCGGAUGGUGAUGGUAUUCCUGAUUACCAAGAAGAUGCUGAUGGGGAUGGCAUUCCAGACUACUUGGACGAAGACGCUGACGGUGACGGGAUCCCCGACAACCUAGAAGGGGAUUCGGACGGUGAUGGCAUUCCUGAUUACGAAGAAGACGAAGAUGGAGACGGCAUACCAGAUUACCUGGAUGAAGAUGCUGAUGGGGAUGGAAUUCCCGACCACUUGGAGGGUGAUUCUGAUGGUGAUGGUAUCCCUGAUUACCAAGAAGAUGCUGAUGGGGAUGGCAUUCCAGACUACUUGGAUGAGGACGCUGACGGCGAUGGAAUACCCGACCACCUGGAAAAGGAUUCUGAUGGUGAUGGUAUACCUGAUUAUGAGGAAGAUGCCGAUGGUGACGGUAUACCAGACUACCUAGAUGAUGAUGACAAUAAUGAUGGAAUUCCCGACCAUUUGGAGGGUGAUUCGGAUGGAGAUGGUGUUCCUGAUUACAAAGAAGAUGCUGAUGGGGACGGCAUUCCGGAUUACUUGGACGAGGACGCGGACGGCGACGGAAUACCCGACCACCUGGAAGGNGAUUCGGACGGUGACGGUAUCCCUGAUUAUCAGGAAGAUGCAGAUGGUGACGGUAUACCCGACUACCUAGAUGAUGAUGACGAUAAU